AUCUCCAUAAAAUUUCAUCAGGACAGUCAAUACACUGAACUACUGAAGUGAAGCAGAGAAGAAGAUGAAACCCAUGUCGGCCAUGCCACCAAUCUUCUUCUUCCUCUACCUGAUCUUUUCGUUAUCAUGUGCGGCUGCCGACCACGAAACUUCAAGUAGCGGUGACACCGUAAUCUUCACUACGCUUGGUAGGUCAGACUACGCUUUUGAUAUCUUUACACUGCCUAUACCCUCGCAGCUCCACACACCAACCCCUUCCGCCGAGCUCCGAAUCACCGAUGGUGUUUCCGUCAAUUUCAACGGUCACUUCCCUCCAGCCUCCUCGUCUCUCCUCCCCCAUCAAAACUCUCAACUCCAGCUCAUCUACGUCACCGAAAGAAAUGGUUCCUCUGCAAUCUACUACGACGCACUCUACGACGUUGCUGCGCCGCGCGCUGGAUCGAGAUCUGCCCUCGAGAUUCCGGUGCGGGUUCAGGUUCGUCUUUUGGGUAUUGAACAGAGCAACAAUCGGAUUUCUAUGAAGGAUAAGCCCAGUUUGAGUGGGGAGCACUUGAUAUAUGUGUCAACACACGAGGACACAGGCGAACCCAGAACCAGUUGGGCUGCCGUGUACUCGACCCACUUGAGAAGCGGGUUGACCCGGCGACUCACGCCCCGCGGUGUUGCCGAUUUUAGCCCUGCGGUGUCUCCAUCUGGGGUUUGGACAGCCGUGGCGUCGUACGGAAUCAAAGGAUGGGACGGGGAAGUGGAAGAGUUGAGCACUGAUAUCUAUAUCUUCUUGACUCGCGACGGUUCUCAACGAGUCAAGGUUGUUGAACACGGUGGGUGGCCGUGUUGGGUCGACGAUUCAACUCUGUACUUCCACAGAAGAAGCGGGGAUGGGUGGAUAAGCGUUUACAGAGCGAUUCUGCCGGAGGAUAAACCGGUUUCGACCGAGUCAGUGACGGUUCAGCGAGUCACACCACCGGGUCUUCACGCGUUCACGCCAGCCACAUCCCCAGGUAACAAUAAAUUCAUAGCAGUAGCAACGAGAAGGCCCGGCUCGAGUUAUCGUCAUAUAGAACUCUUCGAUCUCGUCAAAAACGAGUUCGUUGAGUUGACUCGGCUCGUGUCUCCCACAACUCACCACCUAAACCCGUUCAUAUCGCCUGAUUCAACGCGGGUCGGGUACCACAAGUGCGAUGGAAAUGGUAAUGGACGAAAAAGCCCCCAGCUAUUGCUAGAAAAUGUCCGAAGUCCAGUGCCGAACCUCUCCCUCUUCAGAGUCGACGGUUCAUUUCCUUCAUUUUCGCCCGAUGGGGACCGAAUCGCUUUUGUAGAUUUUCCUGGGGUUUAUGUGGUGAAUCGCGACGGUUCAAACCGGCGUCAAGUUUUUCCUUCGUCUGCAUUCUCAACCGCAUGGGACCCGGUUCGUAAAGGAAUUGUAUACACUAGCGCUGGACCUGAUUUUGCAAGCGAGAAAACGGAGGUUGACAUCAUCUCCAUCAACGUUGAUGACGCUGACCAAGUGGGUUUUAAGAAGUUGACCACUGAUGGUCAGAAUAAUGCAUUUCCUUCUCCGUCACCUGACGGUAAGUGGAUUGUUUUCCGGUCGGGCCGGUCUGGUCAUAAAAAUCUGUACAUAAUGGAUACAGUUGAAGGGGAGACCAGCGGGCUUCGUAGACUCACAGAAGGUCAAUGGACCGACACCAUGUGUAGCUGGUCACCGGAUGGGGAUUGGAUUGCUUUUGCAUCGGAUCGAGAUAACCCUGGUUCAGGAAGCUUCGAGCUAUAUUUGAUCCAUCCGGAUGGAUCCGGUUUGAGGAGGUUGGUGAAGAGUGGUUCAGCCGGACGGGCCAACCACCCAUCUUUUGGUCCGGAUGGAAAGACCAUAGUUUUCACAUCCGACUAUGGGGGUAUCUCAGCCGAGCCAAUAUCAAAUCCACACCACUAUCAGCCUUACGGUGAGAUUUUCACUGUGAAAUUGGACGGUUCUGAUUUGACAAGGCUUACCCAUAACUCAUUUGAGGAUGGAACCCCUGUAUAUGCCCCAUUUUAUAUGAAGCCGGCUGACGUCGCAUGGCCCAAGACGACACUGUGCUCCUUCGAGGAAUGUCAUUGGCUGAACAUAAUGCCUAAAGUCCACCAAGGAAAUGCAACCAAGCUUCAAUGCGGCGUACGACAUUAGCUUUGUUACAUGUUUUCGUUUUUGUAAAAUAUAAGUACUGAUUACCAGCAGUAUUAAUGUCUAUAGUUUGUAACCCUUAAAACUCUUUUAUAUUCUCAUAUGGAUUUGCAUAUGGUUGAGAUGGAAUAAAAAAUAGUAGAUAAU